AACGAUAUGGUCUGGUCUUGACUUGGUCACACACUCACACUCGUCAGUUAUUUGUUAGAGGAAGUAAACGCAAGAAUCGCUCCAUCAACGGCUCCUUCCGGAUUUUAAAAACUGACCAUUUCGUAAAAUAACUUGUCUGACUUUUUACUUUUUAGUUUUUAGGCUUUUUGGUACGUUACUGAAAGUUUUAUUUCGUAAGAGAACUGCAUUUUGUAACUCUGUUUUCAAUAUCUGUUGGGUAAUCGUGUUUAGAAAAUAAGAUUAUAGUUAAUUUGAAUCAGUUCUAAGUUACAUCAUCAUCAUCAUCCAUGAAGCCAGACUGGUCUCUUUUACCGGAGGAGCUCCUGCCCAUUGUCUCCAAGAAUGUGGAGGACUGUUUCGAUGUUGUUCAUGCUCGCUCUGUUUGCAAUUCGUGGCGAUCUACGUUUCCCUUUCCUUCUUGCCUAUUACGCCCAAGUUACUCUCUUCCUACUUUCGACGAGUUCACUCUCGAAAGCAAAGACUUGUGCACCCUCGAGAAGGUCCCUUUGUUCGUCUUUAGAGUCAAAACUCCUGCUUCUUCUACGUCGCCUUUUGAGUAUUUUCUGGGAGGCAUAGGCCGAGAUGAUCGUAUGGAUCUUCCAUCUCCCCUUCAAUGUUCAGUGAAAGUGGAGAUCCCAGGAUAUGAUUCAACCUUGAUGAACAUGCUAGACUGCCAGAUCCUUUCUCUAGGCCAUCAGUAUAGAUUAAUCGGUUGGAAACCUAAAGAUUACAGAGGCGUGGCUUUUCUUCCGCUAAAAAAGAAGGGAAGAGAAGGGGAAUUCGUUGUGAUUCUCAAUUAAAUUAACGUAUUGAUGGUCUUAACAAGUGCGGAAAUGAAGUGGAAGCGGCUUGAGAACGUCCCAUAUGCUAUAUGCUCGGAUUUAGUCACUUUUAGAGGAAGAUUUUACGCAUCCUUUCUUAGCAGAAAUACUUUCCUUAUCGAUCCUUAUUCGCUGGAGGUGACUCUCCUGAUGCCCUCACCUUAGAAGCCACUAAACUAUCUGGUUGCAUUUGGCAAUGAUGAACUUUUCCUUGUUGAGGUAACCAUCCCAAAUUUUGAUGUAAUAGAUUUUAGCCGGUUCACAUGUAUAGUGAGUAGGAUAGAUGAGGAGGGUGGUAAAUGGGUUGAGGUCACCGACUUGGGAAACCGUGUCUUCUUUAUUGGACACUUUGGAAAUGUCUCUUGCUCGGCUAAGGAACUUCCUGAUGGUUGUGGUCUGAGUGGGAACUCAAUUUUGUUCACCAAUGAGCCAAUUUAUGCCUAUAAAUAUGGAGUAAAUACAUUCUAUUGGUUUUCUUUUAAUUAUAUCACAAACAAACUUUAAACUUUGCUUUGAUUGUAGGGACUUUGUGAUCUCUCUUGUUACCCAUUGUUUGGGAGUUUGUGUCUUGUGUCACGGCGAUAAUGCUGAAGGCUAGAUCAUUUAGUAUUCAAGUCUUAAUAUUAUUUUGUUCUAAACUAUUUCCCACAACUUUUUCAACACCACACAACCAUGUCUCUGUAAAUAUGUGCGGCUGUGUU